AUGCCUCCCCCUCAAUCUUUUGCGCUACUCAAACAGCUCAUUGAGGUGGGUUGUGUGGCCAAUACGUGGGCGGAGCUCUACCCUUCGCAGAAGUGGCGAGGCGAUGACAGCGCAUCCAGACGCUUCCUUACACAGGGCGAGCGCUAUCGACUUCGAAGAGCUUGUUACCGGCUGUGGCUAUACAGCUUAGCUUUUCACACGCCAAAUUUCUCGCGAACCGCGCGGCGCUCUCCUUCCGUGAUGCGAACCAGAGCAGCUCUGAUCCGAUCCUGGCCAACAUUUGAACUUGCUGAGCUUCUUGAUAUACAGCUCGUAUUUCGCCAGAUCCUAGACUCUACAAUUACCCCUAGUAAUGGUACCGUCCUUCGACGUCACAAAAACCGCCAUCCGGAUGAUCCGUUCCCACUCGUUUCACGCGAGCUGCAUGGGACGACCCUUGAAGGAUGGGGCGAUGAGAUCACGCAUUAUUAUGUGCUGGAGGACAUGCUGAAGCUCAAUCCGUCGCAGCUGCUUUAUCUUUACCAUUCUAUCAUGGAAGCAACACAGGGAGGCUUCAAUGCCGGUUCAAGUGCAAAGGGUUUGGUGGAAGCGUUUGUUGCAGGGUUGGAUCAAGCUGGAUUGUGGUUUGAGAACAAUGGAGAAACGUUAGGGGAGACUAUAUCAUUCGUCAUCAGGGAACGUGGAGGUGAGGCCCAGGAAAUUCGGUCAGCUGUCGAGGAACGUUCACUCGGCGUUGUUCAGGAAGACGAAAUAUGA